AUGGCAUUGGGCGCUAUAGGCGGUUCCAAGCCCGGUCGAGGCAAUACUCCAUGGAAGAACCAGGGAAAGACGCGAGAAGGCGCUGAACUAGAGAGUGCCAAAGCAAUCGUGAAGGCCCUAUCCUCUGAACGCCAGCCACCCAAACGAACUUUUAGAACGCCUCUUGAUCUUCUCAACUACAUCGCUCUCAUUCGUAGCCCGCUCUACGAAUCGAAAAGCGGGGCUACUAGUCCCUCGACGAUCCUCAAGGACCCUGAGACCGCCCACCGCCACAUCUUCAGUGGCUGGCCACGCGCUCCUCCCCUUCCCAAAAAAUCAAAGGACGGAAAACUCUGCGACGAAGACAUGAAACGCGUUCUCCGACCCGAGAGUAGCGUCGCCGGAAAGGUGGCAGGCAACGCGCAGCAGAUCUGGGGUGAAUCGUUGUUCGACUUGUACCAGACGUGGAGGAUUCCUGGGGUGGAGAGCUACAUUACGUGGACUAGUGGGAGCAAGAUGGCGAGGUGGAUUGAGAAGUAUGGGAGUAAGGAGGAUAAGGAGGUCGCUGAAGAUGCUUUGGAGUGGGCGAGAGACGUUGAGGGAGACCCGAGGAUUUUGUUUCCCAAGGAUGUGAGGGAGGCGGCUAGGGAGUGGGAGAAGAAGGUUGAGUGGGGUGAAGGAAAUGCUCCGCCUUUCUCGGGGCCACGUCCUCCCAAACUACAGCAUCGAAUCAUGUUGCAUCGUCUCCCGAAACGGUUGAUUGUACACGAUCCCUACGACCUACUCGGCGCGGAUGAGACGCAUUUUCGUAAACUCCGUGCGGCCAAAGCUACGUGGCCAGGGAGUACAGGUAGCGCUCCCACAUUCAACACAUCGAACGCUCGUUCGGACCCUCCUCCCUCGACUCCCGCUCCGAGCACAGGCCCCACCACGGAAGUGAAAGAUAAGACUUAUGUCUACAAUCUUCAUCUCUCCAAAGCGGGCCGUCGCAAGCGCGACGCAGAGCUCGCCACCCUCUCCCAACAACGGGCACGAAUCCGUGAGCUCGUUCAAGCUGUCCGCGAUCGACCUCACACCGACGCCGUCAGAGCUCUCCUCAAAGAAGUCCGAUGCGGUUUCGUUAUACCGCACUUUGAUCUUGUAGAUCAGGGCGAGAAGAUCGAUGAGGUGGUGGCGAGGAAGGGAGGGAAGGUCGAGGAUGAGAAAUGGAUUUUUGUGAUGUAUGGGUUGCCGGUGUGGUUGAAGGAUGACGAUGCAACGGACUCGGAGAAGGACGAGACGAAGAAGGACGACACCUCGACCUCGACCUCCAUAAACGACGACGAAACAGCCCACCUCUACCUUUCACCCUCGCACCCCCUAGGGGUAGGCCACCACUCCAUCGUAUACGACGCCGAAUGGGACCUCCCGCGCUCAACUCUAUUCGACGGGUCCAUCCUCCCUCCUCCCACGACACUCCCAGACGAAGUCGCCACCGUCCCCAUCAUCAGCAUGGGUACUAGUACCACUAAAGGCGUUGUGUGCGGGCAGAUUGGCGGAACGAGAGCGGCGGGUGUGGGUAAGGCCGAUGAGCCCGUGGACGAGAGGCAUGCGCGGGCGUUUAGAGGGCUGCCGGGGUAUGGAGGGACGAGGGGGUACAGCGCGUUUGGGAGGGAGAAGGAUGGUUUCAAGGCUGCACAUGCACCUGCGUCUGCGUCUGGGAGUGUUGGUGGACGGGAAGAGGAGGUGUAUGGAGAUGGUGCUGGUGGAGUUGACCAUAUCUUUGAUUGCGAUCCUGUUGCGGGUGAGAUGGAACCCUGUGUGGAUGGGAAGGAUGAGUGGGUUGUGUGUAAGGCUUGUGUUGGAGAGCGGGUGCGGGUAUGGGAGGAAGAAAAAAUUAAGGAGAAAGAGACCGGUUCGGCGUCGAAGGGGAUGGGUAAAGAGAGAGCUGAAGAAAAGGGGUACCUCGAACUCAUCAACACACCCGCCCGCGAGCCUGUGUACAUGCCAUUUGAUUCUCCUCCUCCAAGUCCUUCAAGCCCUUCAAGCCCAUUACCCUCGAACGAAACCAAAACAACAAAAUCAGUCUACGUCCUCGACCCUGGCGCCCUACCUACAUCCUCCAUCCGAUACACAGGACCGCUGGAGUUGAUCGAUACCGGGGUGGAGUGGGUCGAUUUGAGGGAUCCGGGGGCGUGCGAGCAUCUGCGGAGUGUUGGGAGGAGGCGGUGGGGUGGGGACGAGGACGAGGACGGGGAGGGUGGUGGUGGGUGGCGGUUUGUUGCGAGGGUUGGUGAGUCUGGUGGUGAGUCUGGUGGUGAGGACAAGGAUGGGGACGUGCAUGCCGGCGAGCAAGAGAAGAUGGAGGUUGAGUUCGAACACGGCCCAGAGAACAAGGAAGGCAGCUCGAGACACGUCGACGAAGCGGAUGAGUCAAUGAAGGGUAUCCGCCUGUUUGCACCGGGCACGGUCCCGAAGGGAGCGGUGGUGCUUGGGAAGAUCUUCGUGAAGGUUGAUGAAGUAAGAGGUGGUGGACUGGAUGAGGAGGCGAAGAUGCAGGCGGAGGCGGGCCUUUCCCGGAAAGACCCUCGUCCAACGCACGUCCGAACGCGCCUUACUGCCAAGCUCUCACUCGAACACGACGAUCAUCUAGAGAAGGAGGCGGAGAACUAUGAGAGUUUCCCUGGGUCUUUUUUUGAACGUUGGAACGGUUUUAACAUUCUCAAAGGCAUGCACCACCCUGUCCCGGCUGGCGCGAUCGUCCCGCAGUACUGGGGCUACUGGGUGGAGGACCGCAAGGACAAUGAGAGACAUGCAGAAGAGUCCAGUGAAGGGGAGACUCGGAAAUACCGAAGUCCGAUCAUGCUUCUCGAGCAUUGUGGACGACAGAUUGAUAUUGAUGGGUUGAGUAUUGAUGAUCGUCGUGAGUGUGCUUCACUGUUUUAUCGGAUGCACCACCAGGGGUGGCUUCAUCACUCGCCGUACCCGAGGAAUGUUUUGGUGCAAGAGGAUAAUCUUGAGGCUGGGACGUACCCGCUCCAGCUCUCGGCGGAGGAGGAGGGGGAUGUGAAGACGAGAGUUCUCCUUGAACAGUUUAAGAAUGGGACGUUUGACCCGUUCGAUCCGUUGGGGAAUGGAGCUCCUCCAGGUUCAGGCCGCCUCGAACUCGUCUCUCUCAGUCAAACGGGUGAGUCGAAGAGUGAUGUUGAAGAGAACAACCGAGCCCUCCGUCUGUAUCGAAGGUACCUACGUGAAUGCCGACUCGCGCGCCCGCGGAGGAGUUUUAGGGUUAUUGAUUUUGGGAGGAGUGAGGAUCUAGGGGAGGGUGGGGGGUUCGAAGGGAGUGGAGGCGGUGGAGGCGGGUAUGGGACGGGUGGACCGUUGAGUAUGGAGGAGGAGAAGAGGGUUAUGGAGUUGUUUAAGGUUGGGCCUGGGUUUGGGUAG